AUGGCACUUUCGGUGGUUGAAGAAAUAACCGUUUGCCAGGUAUGGUUCAAGAAUCGUCGCGCCAAGUGCAGGCAGCAGUUGCAGCACCAGACUUCAACAAAUGCUAACAGCACUAAAUCGUCUAGCGGCGGUAGCAGUUCGAGCAUGUCGGUUCGUCAACAGUCUAGCAGUGCAUCCGGUUCACUAGGUGGACCGUCCAAUAGUUCGGCAUCGAACACCACCGGAGGUAGUAACAACAGCAAUAGUAAGAACUCGAUCGUGAACGCUAAUAAUAAACCAACGAUAAAGCACACACCGAUGAACAACCACAGUCACAAUCAUUGUCAGUCUAGUGGGCCGUCAGGAAAUAUAACCGGCGGAGUUGCAACCGCCAAUAAUGUAGGCCAGUCAAACGCGAGCGUUGCGAGUCAUAACGGCUCUCAGCACAGUCUCAAUCACAGCAAUGCCUCACCAAUACUACCGAUCACGCCGUCGACCUCCGUUAGCCCACCAAUUAACGUGAUCUGUAAGAAGGAGCAAACUUCAUCCUUUCAUCAUGGAGGCACCACCUCUAGUAGCGAAGCAGCUAUGAAAGCGGUUGCAGCGGUGGCUGGUUACGAGUUACUGAAAGAGUCCGAGUUGAAUCUUGCGCACCAUUCUCCGGCCACUUACGUCAACAUCAACUCACGACUGGGGCAAUCUCUCGGGACAGGAGGAGGCGUCUCCGGAGGCAUCGGCAGUGGCACAAUUGGUAGUUCGAUCAGCGGCGUGGUCGGUGGUAUAAGUAGUGUUGGGCUCACUAACGGACCAUCGGCUGCUGGAAACUUGACACCGCUCGGUUCAAAUUCUUCCAUAAUGACUACACCAUCGCCACCGAUUACUCCGCAGACAUCACACAAUCCGUUGUCGUACGUACCAAAUCACGAAACGUAUAACUUCUGGCAUAACCAGUACCAGCAGUAUCCAAACAACUACAACCCCCCGUCUUAUUACAGUCAGAUGGAUUACUUCAAUAAUCAGAAUCAAGGCAACUACAAUAUGAGCCACACAAGCUACGCCACUUCUGCUAACUUCGGUCUCACUUCCACGUCUGCCCUUUCCGGUCCAAUGGGUUCGCAAACCUUUAGCCCAAAUGGACUCGAUUAUAUAAGUCCACAAGAUAAAUAUGUCAACAUGGUGUAAGCGAAAGAAUUUGAUCAAAAGACAGGGCUCAUUUUCAAUAUCACUUGUCGCUCUUUCAGCUGCUAAUUCCGUUGCAGCACCUCAUCUAAAUCGGUUUUUGAGCGUUUUUAAUUUAGUCGUGUUUUAUCUACCGUGUGAAACUUUUCGUAUUUUUUUUAAGUAGAACUUUUAUCGAAGUAGUUUCUUGGGCGAAACACUUUUUCAAAUCUCUUAAGAAAAUUGUUUUGUGGUCUUUUCCCUAUCAAUAAAUUGCUGCCGAUAUCGGAAGAAAAGGUAAAUAGACAGUGUAUGCUUUAAUAUAUAAGGUUAUUAUAACCCAUAAUUUCUAAAUCCGGAUAAUGGAUUUUUUACCCAAUUUCAAACAUUUAUGUAGUUUGGAAACAACUGUGCUUUUGUUUGUAAAUUAUAAUUAUUUUCUUCACUCUUUUUUGCAAUCUAUUCACUUUUAAAAAGUGAACUUAAGAAAUAAUCUUUUGUUCAGGUGGUCCCAUGAUAGACAAUCAUUUUGAACGUUGAACAUCCAUAUUUAGCCACAUUAUUAAUACGUAUCUCAAAUAAUCACAUGAUUGAACCGAAUUUAUUGACCAUGUUUUAAUAAAGCUUUCACGUUUAAUUAAUUAGUCAUAUUGGUUUUUUCAGUGUUUAGAAGAUCUUAAACUAAUAGAAAACUGACUUCAAAAUGAUCAAAAUUAAAUCAAAUGAAUCGCUUCUGCACCUAACGGUUAGAAAAACAAUCAACGCCAUGAAUUAAAAAUAGAUACCGUGUGGUUGCAUACACACGGAAGCAUUUCAUAGUAAGAACACCUUUCA